AUGGCUAUUAAAAAGAAAAGGGAUUUUAAUCAGCUAAUAAUUCUUGAUUUAUUGAGUUCUAGACGUCGUAUUUUAAGAAGAUUAAGAUUAGCUAAAAAAAACAGGAAAAAUUCCUUUUUUGAACUUGUCUCCCUUCUUGAACCAAAUAUAAGAGCAAUCACACCAGAUAAAAAAGUUGCUAUAACGCUAUACUAUUUAAAAGACAGUGGUACAUUGAACAUGACAGCAAACACUUUUGGAAUUGCAGUUUGUACUACUUCAGCAGUCAUUUUUGAAGUAUGUAAUGCUAUUGUAAAGUAUAUAGGACCAAGGUUUGUUAAUUUACCAAAAAAUAAACAGCAAAUGAGAGAAAAAAUAUCUGAGUUUGAGUCAAAGUUUGGAAUGAUUCAAGCCUUUGGUUGUGUUGAUGGCACUCACAUUCCCAUUGUUUGUCCAACUAAUCAUUCUCAAGAUUAUUUUUGUUACAAACAACACUAUUCAUUACAGGUUCAAGCAGUUUGUGAUUACAAAGGCAGUUAUUUGGAUGUUGAAUGUAUGUGGCCUGGUAGUGUGCAUGACGCAAAAGUCUUUUCAAACUCUUCUAUUAAUACUAAUUUGAGAAGUUCAAGACUUCCAGGAACCUUUCAAACUAUUACUAAGAACAAAAUAAAAGUUCCAUGCUACCUAAUUGGAGAUCCUGCAUAUCCACUACUUCCACAUUGUAUAAAAAAAUAUAGUACAUGCAAGAAAAAUGACGAAGUCAUUUUUAACAGUAUAUUUGAGGACUACACGCAACCCUAUAGAAUGUGCUUUUGGUCGACUUAA